GAGAGAGAGAGAGACAGAAGGAGAGAGGAGAGAGAGAGACACACAGAGAGAGGGAGAAGAGAGAGAGAGACACAGAGGAGGGAGAAGAGAGAGAAGGCCAAGGAGGGAACCGUUUUGAGUUUCCGUUUUUUCAGUUAUUAUAUGAAGCUUCAACCAUAACAAUGGUGUCGGACCAAGAAAUAGCAAGCGGUGUGGAGUCUCUGCUUCGUCAGUCAGAUCCUCACACCUUUACCUCCCUUAAUGGCGUCGUUCAACAGUUGGAGGCGAAGUUAGGGUUAAACCUCUCUCACAAAGCGGGCUUCAUCAGAGACCAGAUCGAUCAUCUUCUCCGAUCACAAGCACAGCAACAUGCUCCGAAGGACCAUUUUGCCCUUCAACAGCACCCUCAAUAUCAGAACAGCCAUCCUCAACCCCAAAUCCCUCAACAUUUCGCCCUUCCCGUUCACCGUCAUGAGGAGCUCAACUUCCGAGGCGCUCCGCCUCCGGCACAGCUACAGCAGCCCAUACCGGUGACCAAAGCCAAUGCUUUUGUCCAGCAUGUCGCCGCACCACCUGCCCCCGAAAUUCCGAAAGAAAGUGCUCCUCCAACUGGAACCAAAAGGAGAGGUGGCCCAGGAGGGCUCAACAAAGUUUGUGGUGUUUCACCUGAACUCCAAGCCAUUGUUGGUGAGCCAGCCCUGCCAAGGACCCAGAUUGUGAAGCAAUUAUGGGCUUACAUAAGGAAAAACAAUCUCCAAGAUCCAAGCAAUAAGAGAAAGAUAAUUUGCAAUGAUGAGCUGCGUUUGGUGUUUGAAACAGACUGUACUGACAUGUUCAAGAUGAAUAAACUGCUGGCCAAGCAUAUUAUCCCUCUUGAACCCUCAAAGGAGUCAAGUAAAGAUUCUAAGAGGAUAAAGUUAGAUGUGGAGUCUGCAACUGAAAGUACUGAAGCUGGUGAAUCUUCUGUGAUAAUAUCUGAUGCACUUGCCCAAUUUUUUGGCACCGGAGAAAGGGAAAUGCUUCAAUCGGAAGCUGUAAGACGUGUUUGGGAUUACAUAAAAGUUAACCAGCUGGAG